CAGAUUCAAAACUGCGGAUUCAAGUCUCUGUCCCUCGUGUUGGAAGUUUCGUCCUGAUCAAGCAGAUUUCCUGACGAACAGUGCUCGUGCUGUGACCUGAUUUUUGUCGACAGAAAUAUCCUGCCCUCGGCUACGAUCGCGAGUUGUGGCUAUUUAGUUCAUCUUCGUUCCCGUGAGGAUCCUCGCAUGAUAUUCCAUUCGCAUGUUCGCGCAAGCAACCAACUUCUCAGUCUCGAGAGAAUGUCAUCAUCGCAAUUUCUCGACGGCCUUCAGCAACCGCCUCGCCUCCCUCACUCACUUACUCAAUGCCCGCGGGCUGAUGCGGCUACGAGAUACUCUCUGACAUUCCAUCAGCAAAAUCCGAUUCGGCAUUAUCUGCAAAACAUUCUCCCAUGCCAUGCCAUCCCAUCCCAAUCCAUCCGAUCCGCUCCGCUCCAGCAGCAGGACGACGAUCGCUCCACUGCUGCGAAACUCAUGCACGCCAAUCCAGCCCCAGGCAUGCGCACCUGCCACGCCCGCCACGAGUCCACGUGCUCCUCCUGUCAUGAAGACUUCAUGGCACGCGAUGCCGGCCAAAUCGACUCAACGCUCACGAAUCACGAAAUCCCGUCGUCCGUCUCUUCGUCCCUCCCUCGCGCGUAA